UCCGUGUUCGGGCGGGACAAGGAAGAAAAGUGUUGUGUCUUGAAAACACAUACCUGUCUGCGCUUUCAUUAUCUUAUAUUAAGUUCGCACGGUUAAAAUUGAACCAAACUGAUCCUCAUCAUGGCUGAAGGAGGACCCUUUCCGGAACUAGACUUACACUUACUGGAGUGUCCAAUCUGUCUGGAGCGACUACGACAGCCAAAGUCCUUACCGUGUCUCCACUGCUUCUGUCAGGAUUGUCUCGGGACCUACAUCACCAAGGAGUUGUCUGGCAAGAUGGCUUCGGCAACAUCUUUUCCGUGUCCAGUUUGUAGAGGAAUGGCCACGCUUGUCAAUCAAGCGGAAACCAAGGAAAACUGGGCUAAACAGUUUCCAACUAAUGGUGUGAUCCAAGAACUGAUCAAGCUUAAGGAACAGUCGUCUGAACCACUGUACUGCACACCCUGUCAAACAAAAGGAAAUCCGUCCAGUCCUGCCAAGUUCUGGUGUAAAAAAAUUGAAUCCGGUUUCUGUGAGACUUGUAAAAUUGAUCACCACGAUGUCGUACAUAUUGGAUGUGAUAUAUUAGAUAUAACCAGGCACGACAGCAAUAGACAAAAACAGAACCCGGCUGUUCCUCACUGUGACCAACACGACAAGAAGAUGGUUUGGUACUGUGAAGAUCACAAACUUCUCGGUUGUAGCAUGUGUGUCUUUAAAGAUCACAGACGUUGUGAAGCAGUGACAACAGCGACGGAAUACAUUCUGAAACUAAAAGCAGGAUCACAACUGACAGAUAUGCAGGCACAACUGAAGAAAGGCGCAGAGGUCAUGAACUCUUUAGUGAAGGACUUUGACGAACAGCUCCACGUCAUUGUAAAGAACCAAGAAAUUGCUCUCCAGAGUAUUACAGAUCUACGUCAAAGGAUCGACAAACGGCUUGACGAGCUUCAAAAGAACUGCACUGACAAGUUGAUCACGCUGAUCAAAGACGAAAAGAGGAAAUUAGACGACUCCUUACGGCAAUGUGAACGUCUAAAGAAAAGUAUGCUAAAUACACUGAAGUCGUCCAUUAAAGCUACAGAGGAAAACGAUAACACUGAAACGAUAGUGCUGUAUCAAAGAGGACAGGCAGAAGUGGAGUCGUGUAAGGUCCUGGUCACGGAGAUGAACGAAUCGUUCACGUCCAUCAAUAUUCAGCAUCAGACUGAACCAGGACAUACAACCUUUCUUCAUGACGUAAUGGGGGAUAUCGUCAUUGAGAACCCACCACGACGUUUUCCUGUGAGUCAUGGUUACCUUGCUUCACCAUUGCUUGGCCGUCGCGUGAGAGAAGUUCAACAGUUUGAUAUAAAAACAACAUCAGAUGAGAAGGAUUGUGAUGCAGCUGGCGUUGUGUACCUUCCGUACAAUCAAAUAAUAGUAAGUGAUCUCAAAAACAAAAAGCUGAAGCUGUUUACAGAUCAAGGACAGUACCUGGAUGAGUUGACCAUUCAAGGAACUCCUUGGGAUAUGUGUUUAGUGAACGACAACAUAGUGGCUGUGUCAGUUAGCAGUCCUGGUGGUGUCCAUAUCGUGAAAGUCGAAAACUCAAAAAUAUCACUUUCUUCCGAGAUCUGUUUGCCAGAUGGUAAAGGCUGCCUCGGUAUAACCCAUAUCAACGGAAGAUUUGUCGUUUGUUCAGACACAGAGGAAGCUGACACAGAAGAAGCAGAAGUGUUCAGUGUGACACAGGACGGCACCGCUGAGCUGUUACAUCAGUAUAGUGGUAUGUGUUAUUUCGUCUCACAUGACCCAACAAGUGAAGACGUACUGGUUAGCUGUCAUAUUAACACUCAGGGGGAAGCUGUGAUGUCAAGACUGUCGGCUGACACACAUCUCCAGGAUGUGAUGAAAGUCGCUCUCGUGAAAAAUGCUGCUGGUCUUAACGUUGAUAGAGAGGGAAACAUCUACCAUAUUCAAACAACGUCGUGCAGAUGUCUGGGGACGGGACAUACAUCAGGGAACUGCUGACGUCAUCUGACGGAAUAAACGACCCAUUUGCAAUAGCUGUCUGUGGUGACAUGUUUGUACUCACUGAGGAUGAUACUAACUACGUCCGUUUGUUUCAACUCUAUUAAGAUAACUACAACUCAAUUAUCUACAGAUCUAUUCACGUAUCAGUUACUUUACGAAACUAUUCACGAUGAAACACUCUAUAAAGAACAAGAGGAUCACUCGACCGCGUCCUCCAAAAGUAGACUAGUGUCAUGUCUUUUAUAAAAAUCAAAUGAAGCAUAAUGAAUAGGUGUCAGCCCAGCGACUGGUCAGGUUUUCCUACAUGGAACCAAUCAAACAGCUUACCGCGAGGGUUCGGUUUUGUUAUGACAUGUUUCAAAGGAUGCGGAGAAGUUACGUGUGUCGAGAGAGGAACCAAUUGAUCCACGCAUCAUUCUGUAUUUAAAUUCCAGUAGAGUGACACGUUACCAACGAUAGGCUGUUCUGAUGUUUACCGUAACAGUUGUU